AUGGAGGGAGGAAAGGGGGAAGAACAACCGCACAGGUAAAAGCUCGCAAGUGCGAUCGGCGUGUUUUCUCGACGGAUGCUGAUGUAUUUACUUAGUGGCUAUCGGCGCUCGAAUGCGCUGCUCUUUUCUUGCAUAGGUCCGUGCCAUGGAUGGACUGCGUCGCCGUCUAUUUCAUGUGCAUCGCCCUGGUGGUGCUCAUCAUCCUAAGGCCCAGCAGACAGGAGGCGCCGAGCACAUGGGAGCCCGCUUCGACGCCCAGCAAACUGGAGCGUGCGCAGAGCAAGAGCGACUUAGUGCUGGCAUUGGACGCGGUUCUCUUCAUCUUUAUGAUACUGUGGUGGUAAGCGAUACAUGAGCGCAGGCGGUGGAUGCAUUCAUUCAUCGUGCGACGUUACUGUGGUUGCAGCGUCCUAGUUGCACUCGCCCAGGCCGGCUGGCGACGACUACGCAGAUGGCUCAAUGGGUGGGUGCGGUGAUGGAUGUAUCUUGGAGACCAUGCGACUCACCCAUGCCCUUUGUCUGUGUGUGCAGCGCUAGUGCUCGCCAGAGCUGACGGCAGCGACCAAUUCGGCGUGCCGUCCAUCUACGCUGCCGUCAAUACUGCUGCAAUAACGGUCGCCUUGAUGGACGACACACCAGAGGUGUGUACUCAUCCAUCUCUCUGUGGGCGUCUGAGACCAUGCCAUGUAUUAUUAUUUCUAUCACGUUUCCACGUGCAGGCCGUAGCAUGGUCGACGCUGGGCAGCGUCUUUAGCCGGCUGAUCAACCGCAACACCACAAUCCCCACCAAAAUGCCACAGGUCUUCUCCACUGCCGCAUACAAGCAGACUCAAGUACACCACCCCUCCCCUGCCCCGAACACACACAAAAGCGACCCGUCGUCCAUCCCCUCCUUCCCUCUCCCUCCCUCCCUCCCUCCCUGUAACUUAGGUCGGUAUCAAGUCUAUGAUCCUGGGCGAGCGUGUGAUGGCUGCGGCCAACGAGGGGCUGGGUCGGUGCGAGCUGCUCGUCGGCAUCCCCCGCCCGCCGGACAUGGAGGUCACAUUGGCCACCGACGCCAAAGGCAUCCUGCACAUGUGGAACGCCCACCACCCCACCGGACACAAACAGGUACGUGCAGUCACCGCACUGCACUGGCCGCACACACAUGAUGGAUGAUGGAUGACCAGGGACAAGGGAGGGAUACAUUCGUGGCAUAUUGUGUUGCGUUGCGCGUCAGGACAUCGUAAUUCAGUCCUGGAGCGGUGGUCUGAGCGACGUGGGUAUCAGGAAUAUGGUGCAGGACGCUGAGCCACACAGGUGAGUGAGUGAGGGAGGGACAAACCCCCACACACAGACAGACAGUUCCUCGCUAUUCCGCGGUAUGUAUCUUUCUCUUGCCCACGCUCUGUUGUGUCUUAUCAGCGAUUUGGAUCAGAGGCGUCGCGAGGCCAUGACCGUUAAGAACGACGCCGAGAGCCUCACCCUCGAGUACGAGAGACUCCUCCCUCCAUUCAACACACACAUCACAUUUGCCCAUGUGCUUAUGCGCCUGUGUGUGUGUGUGUGUGUGAUAUUCAGACGCCACAUCCCGGCCAGGAGGGCGACCCCCUUCGCCAUGCAUACGCUCAGCAGCCCCUCCUGCCGCUUCCCACACAGGCGUGCAUGGAUUGAUCGCUGCUUACAUUUCAUAUCAGUAAGCUGUUUUGAGGACUGAUAUCCUGUAUGGGGGUGCAUGUGAGAUGGGGACCAUAGACAAACGAAACAGUGUCUCGUCGCAAGGCAGUUAUGCAAUGCAAGGGC